AAUUGCUAUCAGUAUUAUUGCCGCUUCUGACUCUCCAUCAAUUAGUUUGCGAAUAUAAUCCCCUCUAAAAUGAAUCUCAAGUUUGUGAUCUUUUGGGCACUUUUGGCGUACGUAUCUGCUGCGAAUCUGCCAAAGCCAGCUAUGGGCGAUCUCCGUGAAGCUUUUGAAACCGAAGACUCUCUAUAUAUUCCAAUUUCCGACCAAGAAGCCGAGCAAUUGAGACUGCCAAGAAGUUCUCAUAUACCGAAACGGAAGAUACCGAACUUUGAAAUAAAUGGAGCAAGUGACGAUUGGGAAGCCGAGAAGCUCAGAUUACCGAGAGAUAUUCCUGACAUUGAACUUCAUCAUAAACACAAACGGCCCCGCCGUCAGUCCGAGAAGGCUUGUGAAAUUGACGAAUCCAAUGACGAUCCACAGCCAACUAGACAAGGGAAUCGAGAACCACCUGAAAAAUGUGAGAAUAAAGAUGAGGGAGACGGAGAACGCAAAUUAUUCAUUGAAGGUGGGGGUAGUCCCAAACAAGGAUACGACAUUCACAUCGAAGGACGACUCAAAUUGUGGGAAAGUCAAAAUCAACGAAACAGCCUUCAUGGAACCGGUUCCUAUAACCAACAUUUAGGCGGUUCUUUUGGUAGCAGUCAACCCAAUUUUGGUGGUGGAUUAAUUUUUACACAUCGAUUUUGAGUAACGAGGCAAAUGCCAUUUAAACUGACCCCCAUUACCGCCUUAAGUUAAUGUAUAUGUAUAAAUUGUGAUUCUCAUUCUAUCCACACUUUUAACUUUAUACAUCACUAAUUGCUAUAUAAGUGAAUAAAUUAUUAGAAAUUA